AUGGCUAAUAAAAUGGCAGUGUGUAUUCUUUUAGGCAGGGAAAACUGCACUGGACAAGGCCAGAGAAAACAAUCAUAAAGAUCUGGCAAUUCUCCUGGCCAGAGCUCCUCAGGUCGGUAUUUUUUAAUAUAGAAUUAAUCAGCAUUUUAUUAGCUCAUGUUCUUUGAUAAGAUAAAUAAUUUGAACUAAAAAAAAUUUGAUAGCACUAGGACUUGUGUUGUUGCCAAGCUUGUUGUUAGCAGUUUAUCUCUUCAGGUACAUCGCUUCAUGAGAGGAAGAACAAUAAGGAAGCGACAACAAAGACUGAUAGCUGAGCGCAGGACGCAGUCUGUUACCAGAGUAGAAAUACUGCCAAACAAAGAGGACAGCAGUUCUGUGGUGGAGGAAUGUCCCAACAGUGAACAAAUGGAGAGCAGAACUGCAGUUAAGGUGGAUCCUCAGCGACGGCAGCAGCAGCAGUUUUAUCACAAGACCCCAGCAGCCAUCGGCAGCCCCUGCAGCCACCACAAGAGGACAGACAGGAAGCAGGUUCUGGAUGAAGAUGAUGCAAGAAAAGGAAAGACUAACUUCCACAUUAAGAGGGAUCUACUCUGUGAUGAUGGAUUCACACACAUUUACACACUGUAUCGGGACGAGGACGGCAACAUUCGACAGGCACCAGCCAAUGAAUGCCACUGUAAGCACUUACUGAAGAAGCUGGAGGGUCAAAUGAAAGCCACGCAGAAGGAGUUGAGGCUCCACAUUCUGACUGUCCAGGAGCGGGUCAACAGCAGAAUGGGCAAAAAGGACGAAUGGACCAGACACCAGAUUAAAUUGUUGGAUGUGCCGAAUAAGGAAAGAGCAGCAGCAGAGAGAAAGAACAUGAUUUACAGGAUGGAGUGGAGAGCUGCUCAGGACAGAGAGGAGGCUCUGAAGACACAGCAGGCAGCAGUAAGUCAUGAACUGAAGAGGUGGUGGAUGUCUCACAUGAAAGACAUGGAUGUCCACAUCCCAGCCAAUGGCCAGUAUUACAAACUCCUCCCCUCACCGUCUGUGGAGCAGUCAGAGGGAGACGCUGAUCUUGAAUCACUGCCCCUGCUGUCUGUGGUUUCUGGAGACAGCAGUACUUCACUGACUAACUACGUCAACAUCCUGCCAUCCAAAUCUGCCUACAGCCUUGGGAGCCUCGAGCAUGGGCAGAUGGGGGGGGGGGGUGCAAGGUUUCCUUCAGCAGGUGGAUUUAAGUCGGUUUCACGUGGAUAUAGCAUAGAUACAAAUCUUAUUUACUCAACAUGUUCUCUUUCCAUUUUGUGUUACGUUGAUGAUUUUUUUCCCCCCCAACUUCUAUCAGAUGAUUAUGAAAACACCGCUCUGUUUCCUUUGCCCACCAACCACAUCUCAGACGCCCCGCAGGGCUCUGCUGACCACCUCUGGCAACGUCCAGUAGUGCAGGACGGUCCUGUAGCUGCAGUGGUGCCAUUGUAUGGGGAGGGCAUCUCAAGCAGCAGCAGUCAGUCCAGCAUCAGUGAGCAGGGACCAGGACUGAUCCCACAGCAAGAACACAGAUAUGACAGGAAACACUUUGGAGACCUGACGAGUCCCUGCAGGCAUGAAGGGAUACACACUGACAGCACCAGAACACUGCAGUGUUUCAUUGAACCCACUGAACCAUCAUUCAAACAGGAGAGGAACUAUCUGCAUGCUAUGGAGGUGACUCAGCAUUUCUUUGACACGGUGUCGACUCAGUUGGAGCGUUGGUACGAGAGGAAGCUUGUGGAGGUGAAGCAGCAGAUGGAGCUCAAGGCCCAGCAGGACAGGAAGGAACUGUUGCAGCGAAUUAGCUUGCUUGAGGAGGAGCUUGAGAGGCUGAAGAUCAAUGAGAGUGCAGAAAGCUAUGUACCCUGACAGUGACCAAGACUGAAAGGAGAAUGGUUUAACUUUUUUCACUUUCAUCCAACGGUUACCUAGUUCGAUCAACUUCAACUGUGAAGGCAACACAAGGAAACUUAACCCUAAUAAACAAAUUAUAGUACAAAAGUUCAAAAUACAAAAGCUGCAUCAUUAUCAAUCCAUUCUUAUAUAUUGACUUGUUUUUCGAUACAAUACUUAUGUUCCAUGUAAUACAAGAGUCAACAUGAAAUUAACACAUUGUUUGAAAGCUGCAAACUGCCCGAUUGGGGCCUAAAUUAGGUAACGAAACAUGAACUUUGUCAUGAUAACUUCUGUUACAAUAACAUUAACACUUAGCUAUAAACUUGGUGAUUUGUAGGUUGCCACUUGGUUGACCAUAAUAUUAUGCAAAGUUUUAGACAACUCAGGGAUCAUGAAUUCUUGACCUCCUAGAAAAAGUACACGGGAACGCUGCGCAAAAACAGAGUUCAGAGUUCACAGAGUGAACUUAGAUCCAUCGACCCUGAUUUAAUGCAGAACAGUCACACAUCGAUGGACCUGUACACUGUAAAUCAAAAUCCAACAGCUCAAAGGCAACUUAAAUUAUACUGGCCUGAAUUUAAUUAAAAUAAUACAAAAUAUCAUAGCAAAACCUGGUUAUGAGUUGAUGUCAAAUAUUGAAUCAGGUUCUGUAAAGGGUGGGGAGAAAAAAUAGAUUUUUAUGUUUUUUAAUGUUGACGUGUAUCAUACAUGAAAAACCUUCUACUUCUUUUUCUAUAAAAUCUUAUGAGAGACAAGUUGAUGUAACGGUCCCGACUACUAUUGCCAGAAAUUAAGGUGUUUAAUGUAUUCCGAAAUUUUGUUUCUUUUAUAAUUGUCAUAUAAUUUGUUAACACC